AUGCUUGGCAUCUGCACCGCUGCUCGCAGUGACUCUUCCACCAGCGCUGCCGAGCUUACCUUUGGCACCGCUCUUGGAGUCCUUGGCCAAUUCUUCGAUGACUCGCCCACCAUACCUGCUGAUGUUGCCGACUACGCCUACCGUCUGCACAGGGCUAAGCAUACUGUCGCUUCCCCCUCACCCCCCGCCAACGAUGUUCUCCUCAGCGUGAAUGCGUCAACCCUGGUCUUGAGAACUGCACGCACGUCUUUCUGCACCACAACACUGUGCGUCCUCCCUUACGGCCCUCGUAUGAUGGCCCACUCAAACUACUGCGUAUUGCUCAUCAACGGCCGGGAAUAUACGGUCUCAGUCGACCGUCUGAAGCCUGCCUACUUGGACUCUGACGCCUUAGCCACUUCUAUCACACUCCGUCCCCACCAAGGCAGUCCUACUCGCCGCGUGUGUUUGGCACCACCGCCAUCCGUGCUUUGCCAGUCGUCCAGCUCACGGCUUCCUCGCUUGAAGGCGGGUUCUGUAGCGCACUACUACGUGCCGCAUUGA